CGCCGCCGUGCGCCUCGGUGCCCGCGUCCGCCGGGCGCAGCGCCGCGCCGCGGGAUGGGGCCCACGCCCGGGCCUCGUCACCUGCUGCGCUUCUUCGUCCUGCUCCUUGGGGGCCUGGGGGCCGCCGCCUCCGCCCUCCCUGAACCAGGUGUCUUCCUCAUCUUCAGCCAUGGACUGCAGGGCUGCCUGGAAGCCCAGGGUGCACAGGUCCGAGUCACCCCAGCCUGCAAUGCCAGCCUCUCUGCCCAGCGCUGGAAGUGGGUCUCUCGGAACCGGCUCUUCAACCUGGGCACCAUGCAGUGCCUAGGCACAGGCUGGCCAGGCGCCAAUACCACCACCUCCCUGGGCAUGUACGAGUGUGACCGGGAGGCACUGAGUCUUCGCUGGCACUGUCGUACACUGGGUGACCAGCUGUCCCUACUCCUGGGGGGCCGUGCUGGCAAUACAUCCAAGUCUGGUGCCCUUGAACGUGGUGACCAGACCCGCAGUGGCCAGUGGCACAUCUAUGGCAGUGAGGAGGAUCUGUGUGCUCGUCCCUACUAUGAGGUCUACACCAUCCAGGGGAACUCUCACGGAAAGCCAUGCACCAUCCCCUUCAAGUACGACAACCAGUGGUUCCACAGCUGCACCAGCACAGGCCGAGAGGAUGGGCAUCUGUGGUGUGCCACCACCCAGGACUACGGCAAAGAUGAGCGCUGGGGCUUCUGCCCCAUCAAGAGUACCGACUGUGAGACCUUCUGGGACAAGGAUCAGCUGACUGACAGCUGCUACCAGUUUAAUUUCCAGUCCACGCUGUCCUGGAGGGAGGCCUGGGCCAGCUGUGAGCAGCAAGGGGCAGAUCUGCUGAGCAUCACGGAGAUCUAUGAGCAGACCUACAUCAAUGGGCUCCUCACUGGCUACAGCUCCACGCUGUGGAUCGGCCUUAAUGACUUGGACACCAGUGGAGGCUGGCAGUGGUCGGACAACUCGCCCCUCAAAUACCUCAACUGGGAGAGUGAUCAGCCAGACAACCCAAGUGAGGAGAACUGUGGAGUGAUCCGAACCGAGUCGUCAGGAGGCUGGCAGAACCGUGACUGCAGCAUUGCGCUGCCCUAUGUGUGCAAGAAGAAACCCAACGCCACAGCCGAGCCCACCCCACCAGACAGGUGGGCCAAUGUGAAGGUGGAGUGUGAGCCCAGCUGGCAGCCUUUCCAGGGCCACUGCUACCGCCUGCAGGCUGAGAAGCGCAGCUGGCAAGAAUCCAAGAAGGCCUGUCUUCGGGGUGGCGGUGACCUUCUCAGCAUCCACAGCAUGGCCGAGCUGGAGUUCAUCACAAAGCAGAUCAAGCAAGAGGUGGAGGAGCUGUGGAUUGGCCUCAACGACUUGAAACUGCAGAUGAAUUUUGAGUGGUCUGAUGGCAGCCUUGUGAGCUUCACCCACUGGCACCCCUUUGAGCCCAACAACUUCCGGGAUAGUCUGGAGGACUGUGUCACCAUCUGGGGCCCGGAAGGUCGCUGGAAUGACAGUCCCUGUAACCAGUCCCUGCCAUCCAUCUGCAAGAAGGCUGGCCAGCUGAGCCAGGGGGCCACUGAGGAGGACCAUGGCUGCCGGAAGGGUUGGACAUGGCAUAGCCCAUCCUGCUACUGGCUUGGAGAGGACCAAGUGACCUACAGUGAGGCCCGGCGCCUGUGCACCGACCACGGCUCUCAGCUGGUCACCAUCACCAACAGGUUCGAGCAGGCCUUCGUCAGCAGCCUCAUCUACAACUGGGAGGGCGAGUACUUCUGGACGGCCCUGCAGGACCUCAACAGCACCAGCUCCUUCCGCUGGCUCAGUGGGGACGAAGUCAUGUACACCCACUGGAACAGGGACCAGCCUGGAUACAGCCAUGGGGGCUGUGUGGCCCUGGCCACAGGCAGCGCCAUGGGACUGUGGGAGGUGAAAAACUGUACCUCGUUCCGUGCUCGUUACAUCUGCCGGCAGAGCCUGGGCACACCAGUGACACCGGAGCUGCCUGGACCGGACCCCACACCCAGCCUCACUGGCUCCUGUCCUCAGGGCUGGGCCUCUGACCCCAAACUCCGGCACUGCUAUAAGGUGUUCAGCUCAGAGCGGCUGCAGGACAAGAAGAGCUGGAUCCAGGCCCAGGGAGCUUGCCGGGAGUUGGGGGCCCAGCUGCUGAGCCUGGCCAGCUAUGAGGAGGAGCACUUUGUGGCCAACAUGCUCAACAAGAUCUUUGGUGAAUCAGAGCCCGAGAUCCAUGAGCAGCACUGGUUCUGGAUUGGCCUGAACCGUCGGGAUCCUCGAGUGGGUCAGAGUUGGCGCUGGAGCGAUGGCCUAGGGUUCUCUUAUCACAAUUUUGACCGGAGCCGGCAUGAUGACGAUGACAUCCGGGGCUGCACAGUGCUUGACCUGGCCUCUCUGCAGUGGGUGGCCAUGCAGUGCGAGACGCAGCUCGACUGGAUCUGCAAGAUCCCUAGAGGCGCGGAUGUGCAGGAGCCUGAUGUCAGCCCACAAGGCCGGCGGGAAUGGCUGCAUUUCCAGGAGGCUGAGUACAAGUUCUUUGAGCACCACUCCACGUGGGCGCAGGCCCAGCGCAUCUGCACGUGGUUCCAGGCUGAGCUGACCUCCGUGCACAGCCAGGCUGAGCUGGACUUCCUGGGGCAUAACCUUCAGAAGUUCUCCCAGGGCCAGGAGCAGCACUGGUGGAUUGGCCUGCACACCUCGGAGAAUGAUGGGCGCUUCAGGUGGACCGAUGGUUCCAUUAUAAACUUCAUCUCCUGGGCUCCAGGCAGACCUCGGCCCAUCAGCAAGGACCAGAAAUGUGUGUAUAUGACAGCCAGCCAAGAAGACUGGGCGGACCAGAGAUGCAUGACAGCCUUGCCCUACAUCUGCAAGCGCAGCAACAGCACUGGAGAGAUGCAGUCUCCAGACCUGCCAGCUGCAGCGCUGGGCGGCUGCCCCACUGGGUGGAACCAGUUCCUCAACAAGUGUUUCCGGAUCCAGGGUGAGGACCCCCAGGACCGGGUAAAGUGGUCAGAGGCGCAGUUUUCCUGUGAACAGCAAGAGGCCCAGUUGGUCACCAUUGCAAACCCCUUAGAACAAGCAUUCAUCACGGCCAGCCUGCCCAAUGUGACCUUUGACCUUUGGAUUGGCCUGCAUGCCUCACAGAGAGACUUCCAAUGGGUGGAGCAGGAGCCUCUGCUGUAUACCAACUGGGCACCAGGGGAGCCUUCUGGCCCCAGCCCUGCUCCCAGCAGCAACAAACCGACCAGCUGUGCAGUGGUCCUGCACAGCCCUGCAGCCCACUUCACUGGCCGCUGGGAUGAUCGGAGCUGCAUGGAGGAAACACAUGGUUUCAUCUGCCAGAAGGGCACAGACCCCACCUUGAGCCCAUCCCCAGCAGCCUCACCUCCUGCUCCGGGCGCUGAGCUCUCCUACCUCAAUGGAACCUUCAGGCUGCUGCAGAAGCCACUGCGCUGGCAUGAUGCCCUGCUGCUGUGUGAGAGCCGCAAUGCCAGUCUGGCCUAUGUGCCCGGCCCCUACACCCAAGCCUUCCUCACUCAGGCUGCCCGAGGGCUGCGUGUGCCACUCUGGAUUGGGUUGGCCAGCGAGGAGGGCUCCAGGCGGUACUCCUGGGUCUCGGAGGAGCCUCUGAGCUACGUGAGCUGGCGGGAUGGGGAGCCCCAGCAGGCAGGGGGCUGUGCCUACGUGGACGUGGAUGGGGCCUGGCGUACUACCAGCUGUGACACCAAGCUGCAGGGGGCCGUGUGUGGGGUUAGCAGGGGGCCCCCUCCUCCCAGAAGAAUGAGCUACCAUGGCAGCUGUCCCCAGGGGCUGGCUGACUCUGCAUGGAUUCCCUUCAGGAAGCAUUGCUACUCCUUCCACACGGAACUGCUGCUGGGCCACCAGGAGGCGCUGCAGCGCUGCCAGAGAGCGGGUGGGACGGUCCUGUCCAUUCUGGACGAGAUGGAGAAUGUGUUUGUCUGGGAGCACCUGCAGGACUCUGAGGGCCAGAAUCGAGGCGCCUGGCUGGGCAUGAACUUCAGUCCCAAAGGAGGUGUGCUGGUCUGGCAGGACAACACAGCUGUGAACUACUCCAACUGGGGGCCCCCGGGCCUGGGCCCCAGCAUGCUGAGCCACAACAGCUGCUACUGGAUCCAGAGCAGCAACGGACUGUGGCGCCCAGGCGCCUGCACCAAUGUUACCAUGGGCGUGGUCUGCAAGCUCCCUCGAGUGGCGGAGAGCAGCUUCUCCCCAUCAGCGGCACUCCCCGAGAACCCAGCGGCCCUGGUGGUGGUACUGAUGGCAGUGCUGCUUCUCCUGGCCCUGUUGACCGCGGCCCUCAUCCUCUACCGGCGGCGACAGAGUGUGGAGCGAGGGACUUUUGAGGGUGCCCGCUACAGCCGCAGCAGCUCCAGCCCAGGCGAGGCCACUGAAAAGAACAUCCUAGUGUCUGACAUGGAGAUGAAUGAGCAGCAAGAGUAGAGCCACGGGCAUGGGUGGGGCCAGAGGCAGGAGCUGAGGCCUGGCCCUGGGUCAGCUGGAGCCCCACUAGCCACCAGUCCAGUUGGCCUGUAGAGGGUGGCGCCUGGAGUCACUUUUGGGAGCUGGGGCUGGACAGGGCUUGGGCUUUCGGGGGUCCCACCCUCCCCUGAUGGCUGGGCUGAGACCUGGCUGAGUGCAGCAUGGUGUUUCCCUUUCUGGGGGGCCUGAGCUCUUGUCACCUGGGCCUGUGCCCCUGAGCUAACCAGAGGCAGGAUGGGAGGGUGGACAGGAACCUCAGACCCCCACAGCCCAGACCUGUGCCCCAGAACCCCCUUCUAUGUGCAGACCUGGGGGCCUGCCCUGUCCCCUCAGGCAGCUCCUCUGAUUCUCGCCUCUGGCCUGGCUGCCUCAGCUCUUCUCCCCUCCCUGUCCUGCUCUCACCCAGAGCUUCCUAUGAGCCAGGGCCCUUGGGGUUGGGAGCCCUCUUGCUCCUGGGUGUCUGCUGAGUGGGCGGAGCAUCUCUCACUCCUGUGUUUGCCGGAGUGGCCACAGAGCGGGGCAGGGGAGGCCGGGGUGUGUCAGGUCUGAGAACCAGGGCAUCAGUGUGGUGUCUGCUGAGCUGGAGACAGGACUGGGGAGAGACAUCCCAUCCUCCCAAGGGGGAGCUGGGCUGGGUUGGGUGUCAUCUCCUGCGGGUCGGGGGAGGGCUCGGGCCCUGAAAGAGUCCCCUAUGGGGACCAAAAUAAGUUACCUGUCUCCAGCUCCUGGUUCUGGUUUGGAGGGAGAGGAGGGGUUGUCAGCGUUCUAGGUGCCUGGGAGAAGCAGGAGCCCAUGACAGUGCCAAGUGCCGCCCCCUGGUGGGGCCCAGAGGAACAGCGCCCGCGCUCCUGGAGCGACCAGCGCCUUUCCAAGAGGGGAAAUCCAGCCAGAGUGGCCUGUGUGGCCAAUCCCAGUGCCAAGGCAGGGGACAAUGUGAACAUGAAGACUAGGUCCCUUUUUUGUAGUUCUCAAUUUUUAAAAAAUGUGCCAUUAUUGUUAAAAAAAAAAAAAAAAGGAAAUCAAACAAAUAAAACACCUUCCAGAGGCUUGAGAGAUA